ACCUGCACAAGAAGGUUAUCGAUUCCAACUUCAGCUGCAAAGCAAUUGGUGAUGUGGACUUGAACAAGUCUGAGCCUUGGGAUUUGCCAUAUAAAGUGAAAAUGGGAGAGAAGGAAUGUUACUUUUUUUGUGUGAGGGAUAGAAAGUAUCCAACUGGUCUGAGGACAAACAGAGCAACUGAAGCUGGAUAUUGGAAAGCGAUAGGGAAAGACAAGGAGAUUUACAAAGGGAAAUCCUUGGUUGGCAUGAAGAAGACCCUUGUUUUUUACAAGGGCAGAGCCCCAAUAGGUGAAAAGAACAAAUUUGUGAUUUGUAGGGUCUUUGAAAAAUCUGCUGGUGGUAAAAAAAUCUAUAUCACUGGACUUGUGAAUUUGGGUUCUCAUGGAACUUAAAUGCGUUCGUCUGGUUUACCACCAUUGUUGGACACAGGGCCUUACAAUGGUGCCAAUACCAGACCGGCUUCAGAGUCGAAUUACGUGCCCUGCUUCUCCAACCAUGAAUCCAUUGAUUCUCAAAGAAACCAAGGGAUUGUUGAUUACAUCAACAACAAUCCUCUUUUCUCCGUUUCUUCGAAUCCUUCAAACAACAACGCUUUCCCACGAG